AACAAAUACGAAUCUCACGUCUAUAAACCCUUUCAAUUAAAGGCUGGCGAAUAUAAUAUCAAGCUCUUCUGGUUCCCCUCCCAUUUGACAUACGCCCUUCAACCACUUGAUAUUGGUAUAUUCCGCCCCUGGAAGCACUACCAUAAAAUGGCGAUUCAUACGGCCCUCCGAUCUCUUGAUUUUGAAUAUACGAUUACCUCCUUUUUUCGCAAUCUUACCUUUAUUCGUACGCAAAUAAUGCAAAAGUAUACAAUUAAGAAUACCUUUGAGAGUUCUGGUAUAUAG